CGAGUUACGCUGGACAAGAAGGCCAAGGGUAUAAGCUUGGGUUCUAGGUUGCGUAAAAGUGACCUUUGGGGCGUUCAACCAAGUUCUGGAGAGGCUGUAAACAGCCUUUCCAAUGACUUUUGCUCCCAAUCCUCGUCCAGGCAGGGCCGGCGUCGCGCUCGGCCACAGACCCAAGCUCGAAGCUUUGAAGACCGGUCAGGCUGUCGCGACCCCCCCGUCCCGCAAAUAAAAAGCCGCCGCUUUUCUUUCAAGCACCGGCACCCGUGAAGCCCGCAGGGCGCCCCGGGGAGACCUCGCGGCGGCUGCACAGCCAGCAGAUGUCAGCCUCGGAGAGCCGCUCGGCGCUCGUCCGGGCCGGCGGCCGGCAGGCGAUGCCUCCCCCCAUAACGGCUUCAACCGCCUCCUGCCAGGUCCCCGCCCCGGCCGCAACUCGCGUCCCAAAGGUUUCGCACUCACUGGAAAGUGGGGCCGGGGCCUGGGCCCGGGCCGGAGCCGGCCCCGGGAAUGCGGCGGGUCUCCCAGGGUUUCGGGGGCGGCGGCGGCUGGGACGCCAUCUCUCCGCCUGCUCCGUCCGCUACGGCUCAGGGCCGCGACUGCGCCGGCUAGGCGAAGGCUCGCCUCGUUUGCCAGGCGCGACGGGAAGAGCGCCGAGCCCUCCACCCCGCCCACGCCUGACGUCAGGCCAAGGAUUGUGUUAUAAUUAUUCAGUAUGUUUCCACUGAGUGAGGAAAACAAGCAUGUGGCCCAGCUGUUGUUUAGUUCUGGUACCUGUCCAAGAUGUAUCUUCAGAUUGUGUGGUGUGGAUCUUCAUGCACCUUACAGACGCCCAUCCAAGGAGUUGUUCAAUGAUCUACAGAAAUUUCUAGAAACUGAAAAAGAUGAAUUAAUUGUGGAAGUUCCAAACCCACCAUUGAAGAAAAUUCGUCUUCAAGAAGACGGAAUGGAUAAUUUGAGUGGAAAUGGAGAGGAGGGGAUCUCUGCCACGGAAGAGGAAAGCAUUGCCUCCGAGCCUUCAAAUUUGAGUGUGUGCAAUGUUUGCUUAGGAAUUCUUCAAGAGUUCUGUGAGAAAGAGUUUAUUAUAAAGGUGUGCCAAAAGGUUGAAGCCUCUGGGUUUGAAUUCACCAGUGUGGUUUUAUCGGUUUCCUUCCCACCACAGCUGUCUGUGAGAGAGCAUGCUGCAUGGUUGCUGGUUAAACAGGAAGUGGGGAAGCAGAGUCUGUCUAUGGGAAGAAACGAUGUGGUUCAGCUAAAAGAAGCCUUCAAAUGGAUAACUCACCCCCUGUUCUCAGAGGAACUUGGAGUUCCCAUUGAUGGGAAGAGCUUGUUUGAAGUGAGCGUGGUCUUUGCUCAUCCAGAAACAGCUGAGGAUUGCCACUUCCUAGGUGAAGUUUGCCCAGAUUGUUUCAAACCAGCCAAAAACAAACAGUCAGUGUUCACCAGAAUGGCGGUUUUGAAAGCUUUGAAUAAGAUAAAAGAAGACGAUUUCCUCGAGCAAUUCCCUUGUCCUCCAAACUCACCAAAGACCGUGUGCACUGUCCUUGGAAUAGAGUGUACUCAUGGUGCUGUUUUUGUUGCUGGCAGAUACAAUAAAUACUCCAGGAAUCUACCACAAACUCCUUGGAUAAUUGAUGGAGAAAGGAAAAUGGAAUCUUCGGUAGAAGAAUUAAUUUCAGAUCAUCUCUUGGCAGUAUUCAAAGCAGAGAGUUUUAAUUUCUCAUCCUCUGGAAGAGAAGAUGUAGAUGUGAGAACUUUAGGAAAUGGAAGACCCUUCGCAGUGGAGCUGCUCAACCCUCACAGAGUGCAUUUCACUUCACAAGAAGUCAGGGAGCUCCAGCAGAAGAUUAAUAAGUCAUCUGACAAAAUCCAAGUACGUGACUUGCAGCUUGUCACCAGAGAGGCAAUCGGGUAUAUGAAGGAAGGUGAGGAGGGUAAGACCAAGACCUACAGUGCCUUGAUUUGGACGAAUAAAGUCAUACAGAAGAAAGACAUUGGAUUCCUAAAUGACCUAAAGGACUUAAAGAUCGACCAGAAAACACCUCUCCGGGUCCUUCACCGAAGGCCUUUGGCCGUGAGAACUCGGGCCAUUCACUCUAUGGAGACACGCUACCUGGACGAGCAUCAUUUUCGUCUGUAUUUGAAGACCCAAGCUGGAACCUACAUUAAAGAAUUUGUACACGGAGACUUUGGGAGAACCAGGCCGAAUAUUGGCUCUCUGAUGAACGUGACCGCAGACAUUCUUGAGCUAGAUGUGGAGUCUGUAGAUGUUGACUGGCCUCCUGCUUUGGAUGACUAGCUCUCACAUUUCACACCAAGGGUUUUCCUGACAUGAUGCGGACAUACAGGCGGCGUAUCCUGGAAAAUGACUUACCCACCACAACGGUGUCUUUAAAACGACUUAGAUCAUGUUGAUCUGUUUCUAAAGUUCACUGUAACAUCUCAGGAUUUAUAUGUAUGCAUAGUUUGUGUUCUGUUGCUCUGAGUAUGUCCGAUGUUUUCUCAUUCCCUGUUUCAUGACCAUGAAACCAAACUAGGAAUCUAACCCUUUUCCUUUUUAAUUCUGUCACUUAGAGAAGUGUGCAGUGGGAGACACUGGUAAGAGGGGCUGUGACUUCCUCCAGCGAAUUUCCUACAGGAGACACAGUACCUUUAAGGAAUGUGCUAAAGUUUUCAGAUCAUCUGAAUAAACGCUACAACUAGA